AUGUCUCGUCUGCUUGUGUUGGUGAACUGUGCUGUCCAGUUGCUCUUCUCCAGCGACAUGUUUGUGGUCACAGCAAACCGUCCCCCUGCUCCUGUCAACGUGUCUGUGAUGCACCUGAGGGCCGACUCAGCCACUGUCUACUGGGAGAUACCUGAGGGUGAAGUCAUCAUCGGCUUCUCCAUCUCACAGCAGAGGCAGGAGGGCCACACCCAGCGCUUCAUCAGAGAGGUGAACACCACCAGCAGGAGCUGUGUUCUGUGGGAUCUGGACCAGGAGACAGACUAUAUUAUCCAGGUCCAGUCUAUUGGUCUGUACGGAGAGAGUCAGGCCAGCAAGAGGGUUCACUUCAGAACCCUCAAGAAGUCUGACCGCUUCCCCUCCAACAGCUCCAACCAAGAUGACCCUGCUGUGGAGGGAGUGGACAAGUCCCGACAGCUCCAGACUGGGGAGAUGAUCAUCAUCGUGGUAGUGCUUCUCAUGUGGGCAGCUGUAAUCGCCUUGUUCUGUCGGCAGUAUGACAUCAUCAAGGACAACGACUCCAGCUCUGGUAAAGACAAGGUUAAACCGUCGUCGAUGGCGAGCACUCCAGAACACUGCUCUGGAGGACUGCUACGGAGCAAGUUUCAUCCAUCGCUACAAUCUAUCAACAUCAUGGAGGUUUGAUGGGAAAAGUGAAGAAGUCAACUUCCCCCCUCCUCAUUCUCCUCCUCCUCCUCAUUCCUCCUUUCCUUCUCUCCUCCUCCUCAUUCCUCCUUUCCUUCUCU